GUUGAGGGUGGCGACGGGGGGAGGCAACGAGGCCACCACCCCACCGGGACCGGGCGCACGCCUUCCCGCCGCCGCCGCCACGCCCCGCUCAGCGGGCGGCGGGGGGGAACGAGGGGGCCAGGCGCAGAGCCCGGCGGAGCGAGCCGGCCGCGCACGGGGUGCCGGCGAGACGGAGGGCGGGAGGCGGAAGGCGAUUUCAGGCGUGAAGAGGCGAGGGGGCAGGGAGCCAGGAGCCGGAGAGAGCAAAAGAGCUGAGCAUUAAGAGGAGGGAGACAGGUUGAAGGAAGAGAAAGGCGUUGGGGAAGGGAAGUGAGAGGGGAGGGGGGCAAACACGUUGCUAAAGAUGGUCGGAGAGCUGGCGACAGAGACGGAGAGGGCUGGCGGGGUGCCUGCGUCGGCGUCGACGCUGGACACGAGGGACAGCAAGGAGCGAGGCGUGCUCAGCGAGUACACAGGGACGGGGGCAGGAAGAACAGCAGUGGUGGCGUGGUUGGUGUCGGUGCCGAAACACAGGACGGAGGAGGGCCGGGAGGGCCGGGAGGUGCCGAGCCGCAACUACGAGGCGUGGCGGGCGUCCAACUACAUGUACAUGUGUGGGGGACGGCUGCGGACAGCGCUGUACUGCCCGCAGGUGGUGCGACGGCUGCGGGUGCCCGUGCUGCCGUUGACGGUGGGGCUCGCCGUGGUGCCUGUGGUGCUGUGUCUGGUGUUCGAGGCGGCGUGGUUCUGGCACGAGGUGUCGCCCGCCGUGGUGGUGCUGUUUGCCUACUGCGCCGUGCAGAUGCUUGCCAGCGUGCUCAAGGCGGCGCUGCUGGACCCGGGCGCCCUUCCGAAGAACGUGCACGUCACCGACGGCGUCGAGAAGGACGGGCUCCCGCCCGAGUACCACAGCUGGAUCGAGAUGCCCGGGCCGCAGGUGCUGCGACCCGUGGUUCCGCCGGCGCUUGCGGCGCCCGCGGGGGCGCCGCCGCCGCCGCCGCAGCGCAACACGGUCUACAUGAAGUACUGCGACUCGUGCUACAUCUGGCGCCCCGUGCGGGCGUCCCACUGCUCCAAGUGCGGCGUCUGCGUCGCCAACAUGGACCACCACUGCCCCUGGCUCGGCAACUGCGUCGGCCAGCGCAACUACUGGUACUUCUUCAACUUCCUCGCCUUCGCCGUCGCCACCAGCGUCUACCUGCUCGCCAUGAGCUACUACAAGGUCGCCCACGCAGGCCUCCACGCGUCCCGCUGGAGCCUCUUUCUCGGCGUCUACGCCUCCUGCUGCCUCCCGUACGCGCUGCUCCUCCUCGUCUUCCACGUCUGCCUCGGCCUCACGGGCAUCACCACCCGGGAGUACUUUGGCGCCGAGCGCCACGAGGGGAACACCCAGAUCCAGGACGUGUGUCUUGACCCCUUCAACUCGGGCAGCAGCCUAUUCAACCUCCGCCGCCAAUGGUUCCACGGCCGUGGCAGGGCCAACGUCGAGAUCCGCGGCCGCUACGCCCCCAACGAUCUGCGCUACAAGGAGCUCCACGUCGGCACGCUUCUCGUGUAGGCCGCCCGGACCUACCGCAUCCCUCAUCCAUACCCGUAUGUCGCAUAUAGCAUGUAAGCAAGAGCCCGGGCGUGUCACACGCCGGGAGGAAAAAAGCGCCCAAGCCUCCCGCGUCGCAUCUCGGAGAAGUCAUCCGGGACGAAGACAAAGGC